CAGAGCUCCUCCUCGGCGCGGAGGCGGCCCUGCUAACUGGACCACCUCCUCGUUGCCUCAGCCGAGCGCCCUGCCGUGAGUCAGACAAACUUUUUGUUGCGGCCUGCUCGAACGUAUUGAGAAAGCGCUCUAAUUAAUAGUUGACGUCAACAACCGGACGAAACGUCACUUGGGAGUAGGCAGAACUCAACAGCUAGUUUCCAUUUGUGUGUUUGUGGGGUUGGCGAUGCGUGCCUCACCGUGAACCUUCUCGUGAGCGCCCAGCGGGACUUGAUCCUCAUGCUGUUGUCUGUUGAGCGGGACGUUCUCAUGAUGCAAGAGGAGGCUGUCAAGCCUCCGCCGUCAACGGCCACGGGUGGGCUCCGCGCCACGGACUUUUCCAUCGCUGCCAUCAUGGCACGCGAGUCGCCCGUCCAGCCAACUGGCUCCCCACUCGCUGAUCAAUUUGGCGACGACUCAGAGGACACCUCAUGCGGUGCCAGUCAUCGGCCACCGUCAUCCCCUUUAAGUGAGCCCCCAACUAGUCCAGCAGAAUCCCGAUCUCCAUCCCCUGUCCGAAGCACCGUUUCUCCGGAGGCCCCUGGAGAAGAUGGCUCCUCGUCCAGGGACUCCGGAGGCGUCGGUGGCAGCAGCGGAGGUUCCUCUUCAAAGUCCAGCAACAACCCUUACGCCCCGGGACUCAAACCACGAUGCAACAGUGAAGAACUCCUAUUAGUCGACUGUCACUUGGAAAACAAGGAGCUGUGGGACAAGUUCCACGAGCUGGGUACCGAGAUGAUCAUCACAAAAUCUGGAAGGCGAAUGUUUCCCACCGUGCGAGUUUCAUUUACGGGUGUGCAACCCGACGCCAGGUACAUUGUCUUACUGGACAUCGUUCCCGUGGACAACAAGCGGUAUCGGUACGCGUACCACCGGUCCUCAUGGCUGGUGGCUGGCAAGGCAGAUCCACCUUCCCCUGCCCGCCUCUAUCCUCAUCCGGACUGUCCUUUCACUGGGGACCAGCUGAGGAAACAGGUCGUCUCCUUCGAGAAGGUCAAACUGACCAACAACGAGAUGGACAAACAAGGACACAUUGUACUCAACUCCAUGCACAAGUAUCAGCCUCGCAUACAUCUGGUGAAAAGGAGGCAUAGCGCUCCCAACGCACCUGUGACCGAUUUGGAAUCGGAACAGUUUCGAACUUACGUUUUCCCGGAGACAGUCUUCACGGCGGUCACUGCCUACCAGAAUCAACUAAUCACAAAACUAAAGAUAGACAGCAACCCUUUUGCGAAAGGGUUCCGGGAUUCGUCAAGGCUAACUGAACUCGAAAGGGAAACUAUGGAGUCGCUGAUCACGGACCAUCCCUUCGCGCGGUCACCUUUGCGGACGUUUCUCGAAAAUGGUGGCGAUCCAGAGACGGCAGCAUACCUCCACGAGAAGGGUCUGUUAAGCGGACUAGGGCCUUCAGCAGCCGUCGCUGCGAGGGCAUCCUUGCUGUGGAAGCCGCCUGGACUGGAGCUGUAUGGCCAACCAGGUUCCCUGUAUUCGCUGGCGGGCGUUCGUGCUGCUCCAGCGGCUGGCACGAUCCCACCGCACUUGUGGUCACAAUGGGCGGCGGCAGCAGCAGCCGGAGGUGCCCUUCCACCACACCUGGCUGCUCUUCUGAACAGCACAGCGCCGAGUGCCAGUCUCUUCCACCCUGUGCUACGACCGGCCACAGCAACGCAUGGUGACGCACUGCAUCCGCUUGGCUUGUAUCGCUAUGCCCCUUACUUCUACCCUAAGAAGGACAGUCCAUCGGCAACAGCAUCCCCAUCUUCAACACCCGAAGCGUCAGAUGCCGCGCCCAAUCCUCCGCCCACUUCAUCAGGAGGGUUUCGCUCCUAACACAUGCUAUUUAUGGACUCCAGCGAGUUAGGGAUGUUAAGGGUGGCUGUCGUCUUGCUUAUUUAUGGACAUUGUCUUUCAGCCACGAGUGAUGAGCGAAUAGCCCUCUAAGACAGGCCACAUAUCUAACGCAAGAAGGAAUCUCACUGCUUACACCCAGUGCAGUGGCAUGCCAGAAUGCAGUUCAUCAUGUCCUUAGCAGAGGUUACUCAAUCUUCGCGGUAUACCAGAGUACCAGACGCACUACUUGAAAAUCUGUUCAGAGUCGUUUAGCUUUCUAU